AUGGUGGGCUUCGGGGCCAACCGGAGGGGCGGCCGUCUGCCUUCCCUUCUCUUCGUGGCGCUGCUGGUGGUGAUCGCCAUCCUCGCCUUCAACUGCUGGAACGCCUCGUCCCGCCAGGCCCUGCUGCAGGAGGAGGUGGCGGAGCUGCAGAGCCAGGCCAAGCGCACCGAGGUGGCCCGGGGGCGCCUGGAGAAGAGGAACUCGGACCUGAUGGGCAAGGUGGACUCCCACAAGAAGCAGCUGGAGCAGAAGGAGGCCGACUACAGCCACCUGAGCAGCCAGCUGCAGGCCAGGGACGGCCAGGUGAAGAAGUGCGAGGACAGCAAGAUUAAGCUGCAGAACAACGUAUCGUAUCAAAUGGCAGACAUACAUCGUUUAAAGGAGCAACUAGCAGAAUUACGUCAGGAGUUCAUUCGCCAGGAAGAUCAGCUUCACGAGUACAAGAAGAACAAUACUUACCUUACAAGGAGAUUGGAAUAUGAUAGUCUGCAGUGUGCGCAGCAGAUCAAGGAAAUGAGACUGCAACAUGAAGAAAACAUAAAGAAAUUAAUGGACCAAGUUGUACGGGAACAGAAGGCCACGCAAAAAAUUCAGUCCAGUAAAGACACUGAAGUUAGCCCCAAUGAUGACGACCAGGCAAUAUCUAAGACUGUUCCAGAGGCAGAAGAUAAAAACCCAGUAAAGAACGAGCAGCCUUCAGAUCAUGUUGUAAACGGCAAAGAGAAAAUCAAACCAGGAGGAGAUGCCGGCAUGCCUGAAAUAGAAGAUAAUGACCCUGCUAAAGCUGAAGAUACUCCCACUGCUUUAAAGAAGCCGCUUAUUUCAGCUCCUAAAAGCGAAGGUCAUCAACCUGUUAUAAAUCUUCCAACUGAACAGCCCCAUGCUCCAAAUCUGGCACCAGGUUUGCACAGUGACAAUGAUGGAAAUGCUGAUAGUGUGAAGCAGAUACCUCCAAAUUCUCUCCAGCAAUUAAAUUUUGAAGAAAAUACGGAAAAUCAGGAAGAACACAAAAUUGAGACAGACCAUAUGAAAAUUCCAAAGAGCAGAGUUAGUGACUUGCAGAAGAUGAAGCAAAGCCGGUUCUUUGAUGAGAAUGAAUCCCCUGUUGAUCCGCAGCAGGGUUCUAAACUCGCAGAUUAUAAUGGGGAUGAUGGUAACGUGGGUGAGUAUGAGGCAGACAAACAGGCUGAGCUGGCUUACAAUGAGGAAGAGGAUGGUGAUGGUGGAGAAGAAGACGUCCAAGAUGAUGAAGAGAGAGAUCUACAAAACGACCUCGUCGAUUAUGGCAAGCCCCGCUUCAGCGACGGCGUUCUCUAA